UGAAAUAAGCUACCCACCAUCGUUCGUUCGGCCGUUGCGUAAACUCUACGCAGAAUGCAACUUCAUAUUUGACCGAUCUAAGCAACUAUGCACCUAAAAUGCUGACGCGGCUUGAGCAUAAGCCUUUGAGGCAGCCCUAUUAAGUUUGACUGGCCAAGGAAUUAUGAGAAAGAGGAGAAACCAUAAGAAGACUCAUGCGUUUUCUGAAAAUGAUCCAACCUUCCACUAUUUCUAUCGCCUCGAUAUUUCGGUUGCAAUUUUCUUGGUGGGCAGAAUUGCUUCGACUAACCCAGAGCUCGAAGAUUCCUACAAAAACAUCCGUACAGCGCGUCACAAUGCCGCGACUUAAUGUUAAUAGCCCUGCUCUUAGGAUGGCUUACAAACAGCUGGGGAUCACUAGUCUUGCUACACCCCGUCUAAAGCAUUACAGAAAUAUGGAUUCCAUAUCUGAAUUCGUAACAUGCUCUAGUGGUACCACAAAGCAAUCAAAAGAUUCGGAUGCGGAGGAAUAUCCGCGUUAUGACCACCUUUUCGAGGCUACUUCAAACCGGUUCCAGGACUUGAAAUCUAAGCCACCCAGUAACUGGAGCCGUUUCCGCUAUGGUGCCUGUGAUGGAAAUGUUAAUGAGCCCUCCACGCACCCCAUCGCCUACCAAGAUAUUCGCACUCAUGGGCCGUUAUUUGCCCUGAGCAGAAGAGAAUUAGAUAGGGAUCACGAGGUCGCGAAGCAGCAAUGGCAUAGCCUGUGUGUGGAAUUCAAUGAGAAACAGCGCGCCGCGAUGACACUAUGGGGAGAGCAUGAGACACUGAAGAAGCGAUACAAGGGUGCCGAGUCGUGCUGCGCAGAGCUCCGAGAAAAAGUCGACCAUCUAACGGGGGUUCAAGCACAGCUCAAGGCUGAGAAUGAAGUGUUACUUAGAGAUAUCAAGCAAGCUCUGGAGCUCGCAGAGUUCUUCGAUAAAGCAGAUAAGAUGAGGUACACGGACUAGCUGCGAAGCUCGACAAGCUCUACGCAUGUAGCUACCUAGGAGCCUUUUAGACACAUUGGGCUUUUCUAAAUAGAAUUAGAUAUUCGUAUUUACAGUUACAUCAUAUUCUUGGUGUGAUGUUU